GUCUGCUUAGAUGCCAUCUGUUUUAUAUUCAUAUGAGAGCUCGUGUCACAUAUCGGGACUGACAUGCUGGCGAAACUACUGCAAAACAUUGCAAUUGUAUGCAGCUGAUUGUUCCUUAGAACACAAUGACCAUGGCCAAGUCCCUAGCCUAUUCGGUAGCCGCGCUAUUUCAGAAGUCAUGAUAAGAUGAAUACAGCUUAAACCCUUCGAAUUCUUGGAACUCUCCAGACAUCACAAAGAGGUGCAUAUUCUGUCAGUGUAGAGUGAACAACGCCUCGGAUUUCUGCAUUCCUUCUGUUUCUCAUUCCUAAGACCAACCUGGCCAAGUUGUGAUACCUAUUCGUCCUUGAUUUUCUCAUUAGUGAUAUCCACUUGCACACAUUGUGCACACCAUAACCACCAUCUCCACGUCAUUGUUCAAGAUCCUGCAGUGUCCUAGAUAGCACCUAGCCAUGCAGUGAUCUCAACAGUCGGCGGUUUUUGGACCGCGGGACCAAUAAGAAGUUGUAUGCAUCCUCUUGUGACACUUCCCUAAAGAGUCUGCGUUUCUGGUUGUCGCAACAUGCGCCACAGAAUGGUCUUACGUAGUCUGGCCAGAGGAGACGACGUCAUCGCUUCAUGAUAUGGGCCAGCGACUACAAAAGGACGUUGACGACCUAGAUUUGAGCAGCCACAGGAUCUCGAAUCAACCCGACAGAGAAACUAGAUCACGACAAGAACUUUGAACUUUCUCAAAUCAAUCACCAAAACAACCAUCAGAAUGACUGGCACCGAGCAACAGAAGGAGGGCGAGAAGCAAUUCUCCAUCCAACCCAUCAAAGAUGAGGCCAAGGACAAGGUCUCUGCUUUUAACGCUCAUCCCGGACCCGCCGUGCCCAAGGAUAUGCCCCAAGAAGAGGGCACCAAGGAGGAGCGCAAGGCCAAGAUGGAGGCUCUGAACAAGAAAUAAGCGGUCGACUUCUGUGGCAGAAGUCGCUUUGUUGACAUGACUGUAUGACUAUACAUGGAUUUGGGACUGGGUUACUUCACGAUUUAUUUAUACAACACCAAGACAUUUUGUCAUGACUUGCAUUGGAACGUGUCGAUUGCUAAUCGUAGUCUCAUGCUGGCAUCAUGGCACUGACCAACGGCAGCCUCGGAACCCCCUGCUGACACACAGCCAUCCAAUAUCUGCCCCUCAUCGUUAGUAGUCUAGAUUUGGAGCCGAGACAAGGCUCGUACGGUCAGACACUGGGGUUUUCAUGAAGACUUGAAGUAACAUCAGAAUAUAGAUAUUUACAUACACCCAGAGCUCUGUAUGUGAGCAUUCAUUCUCGCGUUCUCCUAAGAUGUUCCGUUUUUCUAUCGAUGGCCAGCAGAACAUCAUCUUCACAACACCCGACUCAACAGCCUAGAUGCCCCA